AUGAGCAAUGCGAUGGUUGUUUUGGGAAUGGUGGCCAUUGACCAUGCCAUUGCUCUGGAGCAAUAUGACAUGUUAAUUUCUGAAACAUCGAAGAGAUCAUGGAAAUCUUUGGGCCGAGCAUCAUGGUCAUAUAUGAUGGCCAAGAGAAGCCCUUUGAAUGUUGGAUUUCUUGAAGGAUUAUACGCUGCUGUGAAGAACCUUUCCGAGAAGAGCCAAAGCAUGUACUUGGGAAGUGCUAUGUUUCAGGACGGACUUCGAAUCGACCUAAUUUUCUUAUAUUCAUUCUGUCGAGUUUUGGAUGACUUGGUUGAUGAAGCACCCACUCCUGAGAAAGCCAAGGACAGUAUAAAACAAGCAUUGCAGCUGCUCAACUACCGGUGGUCAACCAAGCGACCAGCAGCUCCCCUUUACGACUACCAGCCUAUCAAUUUCGAUGAUGUCGAUCAAAGUGUUUCUUCACAAUUACUCUCUUCGAUCGCUUUAUUACCCGCCUCUCGUCUAAGUUUAACACCAAUACUUGACCUCUUGGCUGGGUUCGAAAUGGAUCUGGGCUUCUCGGUAGAUGAGCAACGAUUUCCGAUCGGUACCGAGGCAGACCUAGAUCAAUAUGCCCAGCGUGUCGCAGGGACUGUCGCGGUAUCUCUUUUAAAACUGGUACUUUAUCACUAUCCUGACUCGGAUAUCCCUAAUGCCGCACAGCAAAAAGUCAUUCUUGCUGGUGAGAGAAUGGGGCAAGCUUUGCAGUAUGUUAAUAUUGCGCGCGACAUCAAGCGUGAUGCAGAAAUUAAUCGCGUGUAUCUUCCAUAUUCUUGGCUAGAAGAAGAGGAGCUUCGACCUCUCGACGUGAUAGAAAAUCCGGAUGAUCCUAGGUUGGCUAAACUUGAGGAGCGUAUGAUAAACAAGGCAGAGAAGCUCCACGAAUCAAGCGUACAAGCCAUUGACAAACUGCCGCGUGAGGUUCGAGGACCUAUCAAGACCACUGUUGAGAGCUACAUGAUGAUUGGAGACAUGGUCCGAGAGAGACGACAAUCUUCUUGGAGGAUACAAGAGGGGAAGUUGAAGGUGCCUUUAUGGCGCAGAUUGAGUCUCGCGUGGUGGGAAAUGUAUGCAAAUGCAUAG